CCAAUGACCGAGAGUUCAACUUCGUUGGUGCUUUGCCCCAUGUUGGCAGUUGGUAAGAUAACAUUUUAUAUAUAGAAAGAAGGCAGAAAACCAUCAGUGCGCUGCCCUAUGUUGGCAGUUGCAAUUCAAAGAAGAGGAUUGAAAUUGUCUUCCAGCAGAAUUUCAGAUGGAGAUGGUUGCAGGCAUCCAUAUUUGCUUAUAAAAUGGAAGGCUCAUGUGAGGGUUGCUGAAGAAGUGCAUCGAUUCAAAUCUGGCCUAGAGUUUUUUAGUCAUUGGACUGGAGCACAAGGGAACGUGGUGGAAGAAACAGAAAAUUGGUUGAGUACAAACAUCCGUCUCUAUGUGGAUUAUCCCUCUUUUAUCUUAGCUUAUGGCAAAGCUGCACAUGGCUUCAAAAAGGAAGAAUUUUUUGUUGUUGCUGCCCACCACAGGAUUGUUCAAAAUCAUAUGCUCUCAUUUGAUAUCUUUUCGCUAUUUGAUGUCCUCCAAAUGGUAGUUGACCAGAAAUUUGAAGAUGUAGAAUUAAGAUUUGAAUCUGGGUAUGUUAGAGUUGCGAAAGGUGUUCUUGUUUGAGACUUGAAAGUCCUGUUUGAACUUGAAAAUACUCUCUUUUCCUUGUAAAUUUCAUCUUGUAGCAAUCAUUGAGGUAUAUUAGCAGCUGAUGAGUUUACAUUUGAGGUUUAUAAAUUUCAUGCUGAUGUACAAAUGAUGUAGAUAGAUAUAGGCUUUUGAAAAUUCCAAUUCAAACGACUACGGUGCCAAUUUCUGUCAAGCAAAUCGAAUUGGAUGAUCGGUUCCUUGGUUACAAUUUGGAAAGCUAUGACUAAUCCUAGUUUUGGACAUCCAGAAUUUCUUAGUUUGUUUGUGUUAUGUUGUUAACAAGUAUUUAUGUUUUUAAAAAAUUAAAGCACAGUUUAUCUU